CACCAACAUUGAUCACCACUACGAGCACGUCUGUCCGCCCCGAUGCCGGAACAACAAGGGACAGAACAACGACAACCGCGGUCCCGCGUGCUCACACGCCGCGCCCUCGGCGCCGUGGCAGUAUGCUGCACGAUCCUCACGACCCUCUCCCUGCUCGCGACGCUGUCGGCCGGCGGGAUGGAAAUCGACGGCGACUGCAUGGACUCCCCGGGCCCCAGCAGCGGCGGCGGCGGAGGAGGCUGCCUACUCUUCCAGUCCCUCGCACCGCUGCACUUUAGCGGCAUCCUGCCUAUCGCCGACGACAUCAAUAACAACAGCACCACUACCAACAUCUCCACUCCCAGCACAGACGGGCGGCCGAGAUACCAGGUCACAAUGUACUUCUUCCAGAACGCAUUCUCCUUCCACUGGCCCGCCGCGCCGACCUGGGACACGGCAGCCGGCAUCAUCCACAAUGUCGACCGCGGGCUGUACCCGUCCUCGCCCGCGCUGCGGCUCCCCUCGGACCUCGCCGCCGUCGCGCGCCGCAUGCGUCUCCCGCACGCGGACUACGAGUGUCUCGAGGAUCACCACUUUGGCGGGGGUGGCAGGCAGAUCCGUGCCGCAACGGACGGAGAAGCAGGGGAAGCAGCGGCAGCGGCGUGCGCGAAUCCGUUCUUGGAGAUGUGGCGGGUGCUCAGUAGGCCGGAGGCGCAGCGGGAGGGCGGCGCCGGGGGCGUGUUCCACGCCAUGGUGUCGAGUAUCCUGUUCUUGUUCGCGGGGCUGGUGAUCGUCACUCUGCCUCUGUAUGAGUGGAUCAUGAGGAUGGGACUGCCGGGUCUGUUCGCGUGGAAGGAGCAGGUGGAGGAAGAGGAGCGGAUCAGGCUAAGGGGAAACCGGCAGCCGACGAGCGCUAGGCCCGCGGGCGGCGAUGGCGGCGAAGCAGAGGAGGAGGAUGACGAGGAUCAAGACGCGGCCGGGCGGGAGUGUACGUGCCCGCCCCCGAUGCGCAAGAUGGGCCUCUGUCUCUGCUACAGACUUCGCACAGGACUCGCCAAAGCCGGCUCGCCAGCGGGUGUGCGCGACACGGCGAGAGCGUCGAUGUUGAGCGUGGCCGGGAUAUUGUACGCGCUAGGAGCUGUCGCGUUGUUCGUCGAGGCCCGUCUGAUCAAGACGUAUGUCGAUGCUGUGGAUGAGGAGAUGGCCGCGCAAGGAGGCGGAGGCAUGCAGGCCGGUUACGGGGCGGGAUUCUUUGUGUCCAGUGCUCUCACGCUGGCUUGCAUCGCGGUGGCUGUGGCUUGCCUCGCCAUCCGGGCGCGGAUGGAGAGGCAGACUGGCCGGAUCAGACUUGAAGAUUACGAGACUGUUCCUGGGGUGGAGCCCGAGGACGACAUCGAUGGGACGGACAGUGCUGCAGAUGCGGUGGCCAGCAAUGAGGGAGAGCGGUAGCAUGAGAUUUAUGACAGAAAAUUGCGCAAAGAUAGGCCCUAAGCAGGAUUUGGGCAGCCUUCAAAUUGGAAUAGAUUGAUGCCAACCAGGAGCCACGCCGGGAGCGGAAAACACGCCCGGUGCGGCAGACCUAUGCGAGACCUUCCGUUCACCAUCAAUCUUAGAAGGACUGAUGAUAGCUAUGCGAAACCCAGGCCGGGACUAAAUCAUGUAAAU